AUGGAGCACAACACGGGCCUUGUGGCGGGGAGCCACAACCGGAAUCAGCUCGUGGUCAUCCGCAAGGAGAAUGAAAAUAGCGCCAAGAGCGGCUUCAACCCGUCCGUCUGCCAGAUUUGCGGCGACGAUGUCGGCCGCACGGUGGAGGGAGACCUCUUUAUUGCCUGUAACGAGUGUGCUUAUCCCGUGUGCCGCCCGUGCUACGAGUACGAGCGCAAGGAGGGUAGCAGGGCUUGUCCUCAGUGCAAAUCUUUCUACAAGCGACUCAAAGGGAGUCCUCGGAUCGACACGGAUGACGACGAGGAGGAAACGGAUGACGUGGAGCAGGAGUUCGGCAUCUCGGAGAACAGCAGCGGUCCGGACGACGGCAACCGUCGCGGGAUGUCGCAGCAGCACGGGGAUCCUCAGCACCAGGGCCAGCAGCAGAUGCACCCGGAUGGUUCUAACGCGUACGACUCGUACCACGUCGGAUCGCACUACCCGAUGCUGACGUCAGGGCAGGUGGAUCCCGACAUGAGCAUGUCGUCAGAUUACAACAACGCGGGCGCCAUGGUCCCCGCCUCCGCGCUCCCCAACCAGGCGUAUAACUACUCGCAGAGCAACGCCGGCGACAUGUCCAUGGACGUGCGCGCGCUGGACCCGAGCAAGGACCUGGGCGACUACGGGUACGGCAGCGUGGUGUGGAAGGACCGCCUCGAGGCGUGGAAGCAGCAGCAGGGCCGCGGACCCAUGGGCGGCAUGGGCAUGAACGGCGCGCCGCCCGCGCCGCCCGUCCCCGGCCCGGACCCCAUGGAUACCGCUGAUCUGCCCAACAUGGACGAGUCGCGCCAGCCGCUUUCGCGGAAGGUGCACUACCCGUCGUCGCUGAUCUCCCCGUACCGGCUGAUUAUCAUCAUUCGGCUGUUCGUGCUCGCGUUCUUCCUGCGCUGGCGGUGCCUGAACCCCGUGGACGGCGCGUGGUGGCUGUGGCUCAUGUCCGUUAUCUGCGAGGUCUGGUUCGCCUUCUCCUGGAUUCUCGAUCAGUUCCCAAAGUGGAUGCCCAUUAAGAGAGAGACGUACCUCGAUCGCCUCGCGCUUCGCUACGAGCGGCGCGGCGAGCCGUCGCAGCUCGCGGCCGUCGAUCUGUUCGUGUCGACGGUGGAUCCGGCCAAGGAGCCGCCGAUUACGACUUCGAACACGCUGCUUUCGAUCCUGUCCGUUGAUUACCCGACGGAGAAGGUUUCCUGCUACGUGCACGACGAUGGUGGCGCGAUGCUGACGUUCGACUCAAUGAGCGAGUGCAGCGAAUUCGCGAGGCGCUGGGUGCCGUUCGCGAAGCGUUACCAGAUCGAGCCGCGGUGCCCCGAGGUGUACUUCACGCAGAAGGUGGACUACCUGAAGGACAAGGUCGACCCGCAAUUCGUCAAGGACCGCCGCGCCAUGAAGCGCGAGUACGAGGAGUUCAAGAUCCGGAUCAACAUGCUGGUGGCUAAGUCGCAGAAGGUCCCCGACGAGGGGUGGACCAUGCAGGACGGCACGCCGUGGCCGGGCAACAAGUCGCGCGACCACCCGGGCAUGAUCCAGGUGUUCCUCGGCCCCAGCGGCGGCACGGACGUCGAGGGCAACCCGCUGCCGCGCCUCGUGUACGUCAGCCGUGAGAAGCGCCCCGGGUACAACCACCACAAGAAGGCCGGUGCUAUGAACUCCCUGAUCCGCGUGUCGGCCGUGCUAACGAACGCGCCGUACAUGCUGAAUCUGGAUUGCGAUCAUUACAUCGCGGACAGCAAGGCGCUGCGCGAGGCCAUGUGCUUCAUGAUGGACCCCAACGUGGGCAAGAAGUGCUGCUACGUGCAGUUCCCGCAGCGAUUCGACGGCAUUGACCCCAACGAUCGAUACGCCAACAACAACACGGUCUUCUUCGAUAUCAAUCUGCCCGGGCUGGAUGGCAUUCAGGGGCCGUGCUACGUGGGUACGGGAUGCUGCUUCCGCCGGCGCGCGCUGUACGGGUACGACCCGCCCAAGGCCAAGAACAAGCGCAACAAGUGCGGCGUGCUCUGCUCCUGCUUCUCGUGCUGCGGCGGCGGCGGGCGCGGCGACAAGGGCGGGCGCAAGGGGCGCAAGGGCGACGAGGACGAGGGGACGCUGCCGCUGUACGACGGCGAGGAAGUGGGCGAGGGCGACAGCCUGGUCGCGUUGAAGAAGUUUGAGAAGAAGUUCGGCCAGUCGCCCGUGUUUGUGCUCUCCACGUUCCACGAGCACGGCGGCGGAGUGGCGUCCGCCAGCCCGGGGUCCACGCUCAAGGAGGCUAUUCAUGUCAUCUCGUGCGGCUAUGAGGAGAAGACCGAGUGGGGCAAGGAGCUGGGGUGGAUCUACGGGUCGGUGACAGAGGAUAUUCUCACGGGCUUUAAGAUGCACUGCCGCGGAUGGCGCUCCAUCUACUGCAAGCCCAAGCGCCCCACAUUCAAGGGAGGAGCGCCCAUCAAUCUGUCAGAUCGUCUGCAGCAGGUGCUUCGUUGGGCGCUGGGCUCGGUGGAAAUCUUCCUGUCGCGCCAUUGCCCCAUCUGGUACGGCUGGAAGGGCAACAACCUCAAGGUGCUGCAGCGGUUGUCGUACACCAACACUGUGGUGUACCCGUUUACAUCCUUCCCGCUGCUCGUCUACUGCACCAUUCCCGCCAUCUGCCUGUUCACAAACAAGUUCAUUGUUCCCGCGCUGGACACCACCUCGACGCUCUACUUCAUCGCUCUCUUCAUGACCAUUUUCGCGACGGGUUUGCUCGAGAUGCGGUGGAGCGGCGUGGGAAUGACGGACUGGUGGCGCAAUGAGCAGUUCUGGGUGAUUGGAGGCGUGUCGGCGCAUCUGUUCGCCGUGUUCCAAGGCCUGCUGAAGGUGCUCGCCGGUAUCGACACGAAUUUCACUGUCACUGCGAAGCAAGCAGAAGACGGGGAGUAUGCAGAGCUUUACCUCUUUAAGUGGACUUCCCUGCUCAUCCCGCCGCUCUUCCUUCUCAUCAUCAACUUCCUCGGGAUUGUCUGCGGCGUGGCGACGGCAAUGAACACGGGCGAUGGCAACUGGGGGCCGCUGUUUGGCAGGCUCUUCUUCUCCUUCUGGGUCAUCAUGCAUCUGUAUCCCUUCAUGAAGGGUCUCGGCGGUCGCAACCAGGCCAUCCCCACGAUUGUCAUUGUGUGGUCUGUGCUGCUCGCGUCCAUCUUUUCGCUGCUGUGGGUCAAGAUCGACCCCUUCUCUUCUACGGCGCCCAGCUCUAGUGAGACCCUGCAGCAAUGCGGUGUGUCGUGCUAG